UGACCUUUGAAGAACGCAGUCCACUUUAGGUGACGAGACGAAGUGAGCCACACGACGAGCAACGCAUGGGCCAACGGCGUGCAGCCAUGCAUUUCGUCGUCGUCCCUAUUCUUAUCGUUGUGGUGGCCGUCGCAACAGCGUUGCCGACUAGCUUGACAGCAGAUCCCGCCAUCUGCGAUUUGUUUUACAGUUAUAGUCUAGAAAACGGCAGAUGCAAAGGAGACGAGAAACUACCAGUGCCAUGCGAGGGAUGGUGUCACAUGUACAUUCAGUGUACAAACGGAGUGCCGGCGUCGAAAGGGACAAAAUGCGGCGGCUUGUUCCACGUGGAAGUUUUUGACUACGAAACCAGAGAAUGCAAAUUCAAGGAAUUUCUUAUUUCGAAAUACUGUGACUGGUGGAAAACCAUAACCACAACUUCAACUCAGAAACCAACGACGGAGAGCUCUACGACAGCUGAAUCGUCUACAACGGCCAAAGCGUCUACCACAGCGGAACACACCUCUACAGCGCAAUCCUCCACUGCGGCGGAAAGCUCCGCGACGGCCAAACCCUCUACCACGGUGGAAUCAUUAACCACGGCGGUACCGACCACCACGGACAGACCUUCCACGGUAGAACCAUCAACCACGGCAGUUCCAACCACCACGGAUAGCCCCUCAACGAGAGCCGAACCCCCUUCCACGGUAGAACCAUCAACCACGGCAGUUCCAACCACCACGGAUAGCCCCUCAACGAGAGCCGAACCCCCUACCACGGUAGAACCAUCAACCACGGCGGUACCCACCACCACGGACAGGCCUUUGACGAGAGCUGAACCCUCUACCACGGUAGAACCACCAACCACGGCGUUGCCCACCGCCACAGACAGACCUUCAACGACGGCUAGAUCCUCCACGACGGCCGAACCCCUUACCACGUUAGAGCCAUCAUCAACGGCCGUACCCACUUCCACGGACAGUCCUACAACGGCAGCCAGUUCCUUCAAGACGGCUGAACCCCCUACGACGGUAGAACCAUCAACCACGGCAGUUCCAACCACCACGGAUAGCCCCUCAACGAGAGCCGAACCCCCUUCCACGGUAGAACCAUCAACCACGGCAGUUCCAACCACCACGGAUAGCCCCUCAACGAGAGCCGAACCCCCUACCACGGUAGAACCAUCAACCACGGCGGUACCCACUUCCACGGACAGACCUUCAACGACAGCCAGUUCCUCCACGACGGCCGAACCCCUUACCACGGUAGAACCAUCAACCACGGCGGUACCCACCACCACGGACAGGCCUUUGACGAGAGCUGAACCCUCUUUCACAGUAGAACCAUCAACCACGGCUGUUCCUACCACAACGACCAGACCGUUAACACCAACCGAACCCCCAACCACGGUAGAACAAUCAACCACGGCGGUACCCACCACCACGGACAGACCUUCAACGACAGCCAGACCCCAAACGACGGCCGAACCCUCUACCACGAUAGAACCAUUAUCUACGGCGCUACCCACUACCACGGACAGUCCUACAACGACUGUCAGUUCUUCCACGUCGGCGGAACUCCCUACCACGGUAGAACCAUCAACCACGGCGGAACUCACCACCACGGACAGACCUUCAACGAUAGCUAGAUCCUCCACGACGGACGAACCCCCUACCACGUUAGAACCAACAUCAACGGCCGUACCCACUUCCACGGACAGUCCUACAACGGCAGUCAGUUCCUUCACGACGGCUGAACCCCCUACCACGGUAGAACCAUCAACCACGGCGGAACCCACUACUACCGACAGACCUUCAACAACAGCCAGAUCCUCCACGACGGCCGAACCCCUUACCACGGUAGAACCAUCAACCACGACCAGCCCUUCAACGACAGCCGACCCCACUGCCACGGUAGAACCAUCAACUACGGCGAUACCCAGCGGCACUGACGGACUUUCAACAACAGCCAGACCCGCCACGACGGCCGAACCCCUUACCACGGUAGAACCAUCAACCACGGUGGUACCCACUACCACUGACAGUCCUACAACGACAGUCAGUUCCUCCACGACGGCUGAACCCCCUACCACGGUAGAACCAUCAACCACGGCGGUACCCACCGCCACGGACAGACCUUCAACGACAGCUGAACCCUCUUCCAAGGGAGAACCAUCAACUACGGCCGUACCUACCACCACGGACAGCCCUUCAACGACAGCCGAACCCUCUACAUCUGAAUCAUCUGCAACGGCCAAACCGUCUACCAUAGCAGAACCCACCACCACGGGGGAAACCUCCACAACAGCUCAACCCUCUCCCAUUGUUGAGCUCUCCACUACUGUCGAAUCAUCUACCACGACUAAACCUACCACGGCGGUCGGAACUCCCUCGACGGCUAUAAGCUCUGCGACAGCCGAACCCGCCACAACGCCCAAACCGCCAACCACAGCUGAACCUGCCACCACGACAAAAUCCUCCGUCACGGCCAAAGCGACUUCCCCGGCUGAACCCGCGACGACGGCCAGACCUUCGACGGCGGCAGGACCCUCCACCGCAGCGGAACUCUCUACGACAUCCGAACCCUUCACCACGCCCGAACCGUCUACAAGGGCGGCAAGCUCUACCACUGAACCCUCGAGUCCCCCAAGUCCGGCAUCCGAGACGACUUCAGCUGCCGUUUCUCAAACAACCACCGAUUCUCCUUUUGGGCCCGACUCGCAGACUUCCAGUACUCGCACAAGAGACUUAAAACCGACAGAGUUUACACUGACUAGUUCCUCCACAGCUAAAUAUGUUUCGUUCGCCGCUGUAAUUUUGACUAUUUUCAUUAGUUUUAACAACAUUGUUUGAAAUAUCUUCGCUCUUGCGUGUGGCGCUUGAAACUAGAGAAGGUGGGCGUUUCAGUUCUCUCAACGUUAACAGAACGACUUUCUAAAAACUUG